GCUAAAAUACGCAAAAAACUCAUUAACAAAAUGUAUUAAGACCCAUACUUUCCAUAAUAAGCUAAAUAUCCACCUUUACCUCCUUAACCUGCUACUACAAAUGGUGGUUUCGAUUAAUAAAUGAUGUAUAAUGGUUAUAAUUAACAAUAAUAAUUCGGUUCUUAGUCUUAAAUGUGCUAAUAAUAGCAAUAAUACUAAUAAUAAUAACUAUCCAAUUAACCUCAAAUAGAUUAGAAAUAAAAUGGUUAUAACUAAUAGUAUUAUCAAUAACCUCAAUCUUAUUAACCCUAAAUGUACUAACAAUAGGAGUAUAAUAAUUAGACCUAAUUAUAGUAAUAAUAAUAGCAAUAAGGAAAUCAACUAAGUGCUAAGCAAAUAUGUGCAAAGGCUUCUGAACCAGUAUAAGUAGUUUGCCCUAAAUGUAAUAAAUUAGUUGUCACUGACAUAAAAUACUAAAGAGCGCCAGGAUUAAUCGGUUUAGCUACCGCAACUUUAACUCUUGGAACAGUUAAGGCUGUCAAAGAUAAAUUUCACUCUUGCCCCAACUGUAAUGAAGAUUUAGGAGUAUGCAAAUUCAUAGAAAGCAAGAAUUCCAAAAAAAGAAGAUGGUGA